AUGAGCGCUGAUAAACGACAAUUUUUGAUAUCCAAAACGCUUGCAAGGUUGCUUCGGCACCAAGCAUUGAGAGAAAAUUUAUCCAUUGAUGAGCAGGGUUUUGUGCCUUUUGAACAGAUCUUGAACCAUCGAUUUAUCAGGUCACUAAAAGCAACGCCCCAAGAGAUCUUCUUAGUGGUCAAUCAGAAUGAUAAAAAGAGGUUUCGUAUUGUGUUUCAAGAAGGAGAAGAGCUUGUCGAUGCUCUGGAAUACAGGCCAAACAAAACAUACUAUAUCUGUGCGCUACAGGGACAUUCUUUAAGUUGUGUGCGUCAAUCUUACGACAUGGUUGAAUUAACUCCAGAGACUUUUCCCGAUAUCAUCGUGCAUGGAACGUAUACUAAGAACUGGAAAGAUAUCAAACAAACUGGUGGUUUGAGCCGAAUGAACAGAAAUCACAUCCAUUUUGCAAAAGGAUUGCCCCGUUGGCUUUCCAAUGACCCUGACAAUAAUGUUAUCAGUGGUAUCAGAAAAAGCUGCGACCUGUUAGUUUAUUUGGAUGUUGACAAGGUCAAAAACAGUCCUCUCACUUUCUAUGAGAGCGGGAAUGGCGUGAUUCUAACACCAGGUGACGAGAACGGCAUUGUGGGUCUACAAUAUUUCAUGAAAGUUACUGACAUCAAAGGUAAUCAAUUAUCUAUUUAA